CUGUGGAAAUGGGAUAGCUUGGCAGGGUGCUGCUUGGCCUAGCCUCUGGAGGUACAAGCACAAGGGCGUUUUGCUGAUUAUCUGGUACGCCUGCUAUUAAGGUGUUCAUGCCUGCACUUUCGCCUACAAUGGAAGAAGGAAACAUUGUGAAAUGGUUAAAAAAGGAAGGUGAAAUGGUGAAUGCUGGAGAUGCUUUGUGUGAAAUUGAAACGGACAAAGCGGUGGUUACGAUGGAAUCAAGUGAUGAUGGCAUAUUGGCUAAAAUACUGGUGGAGGAAGGAAGUAAAAAUGUACGCUUGGGCUCACUAAUCGGUCUACUGGUAGAAGAAGGACAGGACUGGAAGGCGGUUGAAAUACCAGCUGAUGCUGGUGAUUCAUCUUCUCUGGCUCCACCAGCAGCUGCACUUACCUCAACUCCUGCAGGUCCUUCGGUUUCAACUCCUCCUAAGCUAGAACAUCACCCUGGAAAACUGCAGAUUCGCUUAAGUCCUGCAGCUCGCAACAUUCUGGAGACGCAUGGGCUGGAUCCAAGCAAUAUUACUCCUUCUGGGCCCCGAGGAAUCUUCACUAAAGAGGAUGCUCUCAAACUUCUCCAAGAGAAGGAGAAGGGCAAACCCACUGAACUGAAACCUGUGGUUUCUCCAGCCCCUCCCCAGCCUGCUACAGUGCCUUCUACUCCACCAGCAACAGCUGUGACUUCUGCUUAUCCAAGGCCAGCAGUUCCACCAGUCUCCACACCAGGACAACCUGCUCCACUGGGCACGUUCACAGAAAUCCCAGCUAGCAACAUCCGAAGAGUUAUUGCUAAGAGAUUAACAGAGUCUAAAACUACUAUACCUCAUGCAUAUGUUGCUGCUGACUGUGACAUUGAUGCUAUUUUGAAUUUGAGGAAAGAAUUGGCCAAAGAUGACAUUAAAGUAUCUGUAAAUGACUUUAUUAUCAAAGCAACAGCAGUCACUUUGAAGCAAUUGCCAGAUGUCAAUGUAACCUGGGAUGGAGAGGGCCCCAGGCAGCUGCAGUCCAUUGACAUUUCUAUUGCUGUGGCAACAGACCGAGGUCUCAUUACACCAAUCAUAAAAGAUGUUGCUGCCAAGGGAAUACAGGAAAUUGCUGCCUCUGCAAAGGCUCUAGCAAAGAAAGCAAGAGACGGGAAACUGUUACCGGAGGAGUAUCAGGGAGGAUCAUUUAGUAUCUCCAAUCUGGGCAUGUUUGGCAUCAGUGACUUUAUUGCAGUCAUAAACCCUCCACAGGCCUGCAUCUUAGCUGUGGGCCAAGCGAGACCAGAGCUCAAGAUUGUGGAAGAUGAAGAAGGGAAUGAGAAACUUCAGCAGCAUCAACUCAUGACAGUGACUCUGUCAAGUGAUGGUCGGAUGGUAGAUGAUGAACUGGCUUCAAAGUUUCUGGAGACCUUAAAAGCCAACAUAGAGAAUCCGAUACGACUUGCCUUGUGUUAAACUUGGUGAAGAUUGCUUUCUGUUUUGACGACAUUUAGAACUCUGUUACAGGACAAACAACCCCAAGUAUGUAUAGAGAGGAAUAAGUAGUGGCAGAUGGACAGUUUAAAUACUUAAUUUAUUAGAAAUAACCUGAAAAACUGUUAAUUUUCAUCUUUUUGGUCAUUUUGAGCUCUUCGGUUUUAUAUUGUGAAACUAAAAGACUUUUAAAUAUAAGGUUAACUUAUUGAAGUUCUAUAAAUGUUUAGUACUCAUGGCACACGAUGUUUGAAUAGAAUAGUCAAUCUCCUCUAUAAGGGAAAGUUUAAGAACAUUUUAUGAAAUGUAAAAGGGCGCGAGAUGCUUUACUUAAGGACGGCUUUUAAAGUGAGGAGUGCAAGUAUGAUAACUGAGUAAAGUCCCGUUGUGAGUCGUAGUCAAAAUCGAGAUCACGGAGUAGCUAAACUGCAUUGCUGGAGCAGGGAGUUUUUCAGUUUACGAAAGACUUUUCUGAUAUGUUGUACCAUGUGAAUUAGAUUGAAAUAAUACUGAGAUUUUGACAGAGAUUCUACGUAAGAGCAAAGAAGGUAGAAACCAAAAUAAGUUUUAGUCUGGUUUUAUUUGCAUCACAGACUUGACUGUUCUGUAUUUCUGCUUUACUGUGAGCUGCAGUGAGGAGAAUAAGAUUGGGGUGGAGAUAAAUGGGGGAAAGAAAUGGCAGGAAAUUUUGAUAAAGAUUAAAUUAGAUCCUAGACAGAGAAGCAAUGUCUCAAAAUAUUGACAAGUAUCUGACUGAAUCCACAGCUGCAUUCAUAGAAUUAGUUCUCAUUGAAGCAAAUUUAAACUGCAGGCACAUCUAUUUUUUUCCAGUAUUUUAAGAUCAGUGCUUAAUCUAAUGUCCUGUAGAAGGCACAGAGGAGAAAAAAACUUGUCUGAAUAAAUGUGUUCUCUGCAGAGGAUGAAAUUGCAACCUCCUUAAUAUCAGUGUUUGAUAGAACCAAAAUUUAGUGAAAACAGAAUUUAUUGUGUAACAGCUAAUAAUAGAGGUAUUUUAAUUUAGAAAAAAAAAGUAAUUGUCUCCAAAUUUAGAAGUUGCCCCAACUCUCUUUCAAUGCCACAAAACAAAAAAAAAAUUCAGGUGCUCUGAGGUACAUUGUGUAUAACUGAAAACCAAAGUUGAUUGUGCAGACAGUACUAGCUUUGAUCUCUUGAUCUCACAGAGGUUACAGUAUGAAAGGUCAAAUUUUGCACACUGACUCUUUGCGGAAUAAAGCUGUUCUUUGAAUGUAUUAAAAAAAAAAAAAAAAGUACAAAGUUUCAUCACCAGAUGCAUAUUGAAUUGUAACUCUGGAGGCUGCUUAAGAGCAGCAGCCUGAAAUUCAAAUGAACAGAAAUGGCUUUUUUUUUUCCCCUGUAUAUAAAUGUGGAACCAUGCAUUGUAUGUGCUUGUAAGGAAAUAACUGCAUUUAUAGAACCUAGUGAGAAUAUAAAUUGGCACUGGAAUUCUGGGAGUUAGUGUUACUCUGUUUUGUGGUGUUGUUGCUAUUAUUAUUAUUUUAAGUUUCAGAGGACUUUGUUUAUUUCUGCUGCCAUAAUUAAAAUGCUAAUUGCAAGACUAAAUCUGCAGUUAAUACUGACUUGAGAGUUUUCACUAAACUAGUUUUCUUUGGCAUAUUCUGAUAUCGUACAUUUCAUAAACCAUCAGUCUAACAGUAUGGAGAGAAGAAACUUGUGAUUGUGGAAUUUGUUUUACUGUGCAAUUACUGACAUAUCCUUUCUGUAUUUACAGGAGUUUUUCACUGAUGAAUUGUGUUCAAAGUUGGUUGCAUAAGAUUAAUUUGCAGUUUUAAAUUGUCGACCAUGAAUUUUUCCGAAGUUGUCGCACAAUUGCAGAUUACUCCGAAAAGGGGAGAAAAACAACAUAUAUCUUGUCCUUAAUAAUAAUAAUAUAAUACAAAAAGUUCUCAUUUGUUUUUAUAGCUAAAUCUACUCUGCCCAUCAAAAUUCCUACUGUAAUUUAAAAUCCAAUAUACUGUUCAUUUGCUGUUCUUGAUGUUCUCUAGUGUUGCUGUGUGCUCCCCAGCAUUCAGCUGUUUAGUUGGCCACAGUAAAGGGCUACAUGAAUAUUUUUAUAUGCAUAUAUUUAUAUAUAUAUAUACACACAUAUUAUAUAUAUAUAUAUGAAUCAAAUAUAUAGUGCAAGUCAGUAUAUUUUACAAAUUUCUUUUGGGAGCCACUGGAAGGUGCUAUUGUAUGUACGUGUAGAAUAUUUAUCAUUGUGUCUCAUUCAUAUGGGUAUUAAUAUAUCCAUUCUAACUUCCCUAUUCUAUGCAAAUAGAUGAAGGUAAUGCAACUUUGUCUCCAGGUUAAAUAAACCUAAAAAUUUUUAAAUCUAAUUUCUUUACGCCUGCCUGCUUGCCAGCUCAUCACUUGAUAAAAAGAUAGUUGAACAUAUCUGAUUUGUCAAUCAGCCCUUGAAGGACCUCUCUGAAAUUCAAGAACGUUGUGGUAUCAGUCAGCUCCCAAAGAAAUAUCUCUCAUAAUACAGAAUAAUGGUACCAUUCAGCAACAUCUACUACUCUAGCAGAAAUGAGACAAGAAAUAAUUGCUCAUACAGGUUAAAAUAAAACAAUUAAUGUAUUCCUGGAGACCUUUGGGAUUUUGAGAUGAGGGCAAUGGAUAAAAUGACUCAGAAGGCAAACCGUAUAAAAUGGUUGUAGUGGUUACAUUUGAAGCAAAUUUGCUUCAAAUGUAAAAAUUUCACAGAUGAAAAAUAUAGCGUUUCGUGUUUUGUUCCUUAAAAUGUUUGCUGCCAACAUCUUUUUAACAUACCUGAGCAAGAGAUGCAUGAAAGCAUCUAAUUUCUUGAAGAAUUAAAAAAUUGAAAAUAAAAAAUUUGAAGAGUGUGCUAAUGUCUGCUGACAAUAUCUGCCUUUAGGAUUUGUUUGGGGAAAACUACUUUCUUCAUAUAAAUUCUCCUUUGAAGGAGGCAUAGUUAGAAAAAAAGUAGUAAGGGUGGGUAUUUGUUUCAAGUAGACCGUAUGAUCAUGGGCAAGUCGUGAACUUCAUAUGUCACACUUUGACCCUGAAUUAUGCUGUCAGAAUCUGUGACUUUGUUAGAACUUUUUUACUGCAGUAUAAUCCCUUAUGAAAUAGAACCUCUAGAAUUAAAUCUUCUUACGUGUAAUCCCUGAAACAACCUCACUCCUGUGAAGUGAACGGACAGUACUAUUUUCACCUGCUGCUUUGUCCAUAUGUUCAUCUAUGUCCAUACAAAAUAUAAUAGACACUCUCUUUUGUUUCAACUAAUGAUUAAUCCAAUUGAAUACAACAGAAUUUUGAAGUUGAGCAGGAAGACAAAAAUGUGACAAAUGAUAAUGCAAGAAACAAAAUCUGGAAACAAAUUUUUAUUUGUAUACAGUGGUGUUGAAUAGAAAGUUGCAGUGUUUGGUUGCAGUAAAGUGUAUGCGAUUGCAGAGUGAGUUAGGGGAAACUGUAAUUCUGAAUCUUUGGAGCCAAGUGGCUUGUUUGACAUGCAUUUUCUCACAGGUGGUAAUUUAUGCCAGAAAUGAAGGUAAAUAAAGAAAUAGGAUGAGGAUUUAUCACUUAAUAGUCUUUUUUUCCACUUUCUGGAGUACAUCAGGCCAUAGCAAUGGCCAUACCUUUUUCCUCCCUAAAUCCACUGAAAGUGUUGUGUAUUACUGUAAUUUCUUUGAAAGCAGCAGAAACAAAGCGCAGUGUAUGUCAUGGCUGCACAAUGACCCAUGCCAACUGGAUUGACUGAUUGGUGAUUUUGCAGGCUGCUUUCCGUGCCACUCAGAUUAUCGUGGCAGUUCCAGAUACAGCUUAAUCAGAGUAAGAAAAAUAAACUACUUGUAUUACUAACCAAAAAUAGUCAAGAGCACGAGCAGCCACUUGUAGGCUUCGUUUCUGUCACAUAGGCUGUAGAGUUUUAUGGGGAAGAAUUUGGUCUCAGACAGACAAUUUAGUAUCUUUCACAACCACUCCACUCACUAAAGUUCAAGGAUAUGAAAAGCUGUAGCAUGGGACUAAUAGCUUUGCAUAGGAAAAGACCCAGUUAAGAAAUGCGGCAAACAUGACAGACAGCACAGACAGUUAAAAGCUGUAGUGGCUGAAGAGUUGAAAAGUAUCCCAAUAAUGUCUUAGGGCAGAAGGAAACCAUGUUACAAGUAGUCUUCUCGCCAAGCACUUGUCCAUAAGCAAGCAGACAAUACAACACUACAAGAUGUAUAGGUUAUUGAGCUAAUGGCUCGUAUUAUGAUUUUCCAACUCUUUUUUUCUUCUUUAUUUCUAACUAAGUCUCUUGGGCCUGCAUUGUUGGUUGUGAGAUGCCCUCCCCUCCUUUGCUAAAAUGUAAGAGUAUUGCCUUAAGAAAUCAAAGAAAUGUACAUCAUUGACUUUUAUCAAGGGUUGCAAUGUCUGUAUGUUCAAAGCCCUUUUCAAUCUGUUUUCAGACCUUGUGCAAUCCGUACAGCUGCGUAAGCUACAGAAGAGUGCAGGAGAUUAACUGUCAUGAGAGACAAGCUCACUUUUGCUGUUCAGCCAGGCUGCCCUUUUCUUUAAGCCACAAAGCUGUUUGUUGUAGUAGUGCUGGAUCAAGAGCAAGCGUUCUUUGAAACGUGUAGUAGUGUUGGUGUCAUUUGUAGGCUAAAACAGUGCUCCUCUGUCUUACACAGCUGAAUGAUCCUCUAUCGUUUGAAUGCAGGACUGUAAAUUGACAUUGAAUGUUACUGCAAGAGAAGUUCUGUUUUUUAAAAGGGAAAUAUUAGGACUUGGACCACAUAGGGAAUCUGAAUGGACUUGAUUGUAUGGGAGUGAUUUCCGAUAGCGUAGCACAGCACGAGAUCAUUGUUCAUAGGAUCAGGCCACAUAAAAAUUCUCUGUAUUUGCUUGUUUAAUCUGAGCUUAUGCUGAUGAUUGCUUUUACUGUUACGAGGUUGUAAUUUCCUUAUUGCUGUAUUGUACCAAUUAUUUUAGUGGUCUGAAUAACUUCUGUUGCCCUCUCCAUAGGUAAUAUUUCAACAUACGUUCUGUACCAUUUCCAUUUGGUGGAAGGACUGGUUUUCUACCUCUUAUUCAUGGCUGACUUGCUUUAACUGCUCUGAUUCAUGAUUCUUCUUUUAUUUUAUUUUUUUGUGAAAUUAGAGAAGGAUUUUUCAAGGCUUUGAAGUAAAGUUCCCCUUCACUUCUCUUUAUGACGUAUCAUACAACUAAUACAAUUGUAGUAGCUGUCCACCUGAUCUUAAUAUUUUUCUAAGUUUUCCAAUUCAGGAGAGAGGCUUAUUUGGUACCAUUGUGCAGUACACAUCAGAAAUCAGUAGCUAUUGAUUUACUGCACCCUGCAGGUUGCUAAUAAGCAAUGAAUUAUCAAUCAAGAAGUAUCGUAGCACAUAUAAUUUCCUUUUCUCUAAUACCUAUUUGUAGCUGCUAUUUGCAUUUCCUUUUUUAUAUAAAGAAGUGUUGAAUGCUACAUGAAGAGUCACAUAAUGUUAUGUAAGUAUUUGCAUUAAAGUGGAAACAAUAAGGUUGUUCAGUGUA